CGCCCCCUGGCGGUGGAGGCGCGGCGUGUUUCUGCAAAGUCACGUGAUUUCGAGGAAACGGGCAGCUGGGCUGAGAGGAGCGAAGCUCUGCUGCUCCGUCACUCAGUCUGCAAGGCGCCGCUGAGGAAACAUAACCAAGUCGUUUUAAAGGGGAAUCAUGGCAGCAGGAAGGAUGAGAUCCACCCGCAGACUUCGCUCAUGGAUAGUGGAUCAGGUGAGCAGCGGGAAGUAUCCAGGUGUGAUGUGGGACGACGAGGCCAAAACGAUGUUCAGGAUCCCAUGGAAACACGCAGGGAAACACGACUUCCGUGAGGACGAGGACGCAGCUCUCUUCAAGGCCUGGGCCGAGUUCAAAGGGAAGCUGGCGAACGGAGAGAAGAAUCCUGCGGCGUGGAAGACGCGUCUUCGCUGCGCUCUCAACAAGAGCCCCGAGUUCAAGGAGGUGAUGGAGCGCGCCCAGCUGGACAUCUCAGAGCCGUACAAGGUGUACCGCCUGGUCCCCAUCAGCGAGCAGGGUGUGCUGCUACCUGAGCCGAAGGUCAAAGAGAAGAGCAGCAAGAAGCUGAAGAGGAAGAGCAGCAGCUCGGACUGCCAGGUCAAAAAGAUCAAAACUGAAGAGGUCACCUCUCAGCUGCAUGAAGAGCACCAGCAGCAGGACAGUCAGCCGGUCCAGUCAGACGGACCCGCCCAGUGCACCACGCUGGAUGAGAUCAGGCUGGACGUUCGGAUCGAGGAGAGUGUCCCGGCCAACACGGGAGACCAAGACUCCUUCAGCGUGACGGUUCAUUAUCUUGGCCAGGAGGUGCUCAAACGUCAGAUCAGUGGCCCCGAUGUCCGCAUCCUGUACCUGCCCUCCUCGUCCGUCCCCCCGACUCCUGCCGCCCUGUGCCGCUUCCCUCGCAUCCUGCUGCCGGAGCCGCCGUCCACAUUGCCGGCGGGCGAGGAGCUGCAGGCGCUGUUCACCCUGCUGCCCUUCAUGGCGAAGGGCAUCGCGCUGACGUCCACGGCGCAGGGGGUGUACGGCAGGCGGUUCUGCCAGGGCCGGAUCUUCUGGACGGGGCCACAUACGACCACGCCGGGCCUCCACCGGAUGGAGAGGAACAUGGAGUCGGUGCUGCUGUUCAGCAAAGACAUCUUCAAGCAACAACUGGACUUUUUCCGAGCCAACGGCGGCGAGCCUCCUCAGUGUAGCUUCACUCUAUGUUUUGGAGAAGAGUUCAGCAACACCGAAGAUCCGUCUCGAAAGCUGAUCAUCGCGCAGGUUUCCCUCCCGUGGGCGGAGCAGCAGGUGGAGAAUGCACUCUCCGUCUUCAACACCCUGUCGGUCUUCCGGACCUUGGCCAGCCAGUCUCCGCUGGGAGAAAUCACGCUGAACCUCGUCACGGUGCCGUCGCCGUCCUCCGAGCUGGACGCCUGUCAGACCAACUGAGAGUCUCCAAGAAACUCUGAAACAUUCCCAGCUUUCAAAAUAAGAGCCUCUACUUUCUCUGCACGCAAAAAAUAAGACUUUGAAGCACUUAAAAGAAAACUCCGUUGAACUCUGGAGCUGAAUCGGUGACGUUUGAGGUUAAAAAAAAUGGAUUUUCUUCAUUUUCUGCGGAGAUCGGUGCGUUGGAAACACUACAGGAAAAACCAACAGCGUGGAGAUCGAUCGUGUGUUUUAGAGAAAUUUGAAAAUAGCUUCUCUAUAAAUCAGUUUUUAUUGUUCUGUUGGGGCUUAGAGCCCAGACACUCUUUUAAAGGGACCAUAAAGUUAAAAACAGGCAUGUUUGUCGUACUGUUAUCCAAUCAUAGCAUAGAUUAAUAGUCUUAGCUGCUUGUUAUCAUCCAGACUGAUUAUGAAACAGUCUUAAAGCUGAGUUUUAGUUUAAAACACUCGUUUUAUUAAAUAAUAAAGGACUUUCCACUGUGAACUUCAUUAUUACAGCAGAGAUCACAACCAACAGUUUUUCCUUUUUACAAUUCCUAAAUCUUCCUUCAUUCACUGGAUUAAAUUAUGUAUCGCGAAAGAGUAAAGCGCAAUAACAACCAUGGAAGUAAAACUACUGUUUUAGCCUCACAAACACAGAUUUCUAUUUCAUUUUAAGGAAGUUCUAACUUUAGUAGAUUAUUAUUUAAAGGCUGGUUUAAGAAGCUCUACUCAGAUUUUAUUUUGAUAGUUUCUGGCUGUUAUGAUGCCAUGUUCAGGGCAUCUGUUCAAGAAAAAAUAGUUUUAAAAGUUUGUAUUUUAAUAAUUU